AUGUCCGAGAUUACCCACCCCACCAUCAAGGAUGGAUGGUUCCGCGAGAUCUCUGAUAUGUGGCCUGGCCAGGCCAUGACUUUGAAGGUCAAGAACGUCAUCCACCACGAGAAGAGCAAGUACCAAGAUGUGCUCAUCUUCGAGUCCACCGACCACGGAACGGUGCUGGUGUUGGACAAUGUUAUCCAAUGCACCGAGCGUGAUGAGUUCUCCUACCAAGAGAUGAUCACCCACCUUGCCAUGAACUCCCACCCAAAUCCCAAGAAGGUCCUGGUUAUCGGCGGUGGUGACGGUGGUGUUCUCCGCGAGGUCAUUAAGCACGAUUGUGUUGAGGAGGCUAUCCUGUGUGAUAUCGACGAGGCUGUCAUCCGUCUGUCCAAGAAGUACCUCCCUGGCAUGGCCAUCAGCUACCAACACCCCAAGGUCAAGGUCCACGUUGGAGAUGGAUUCAAGUUCUUGGAUGACUACAAGAAUGAGUUCGAUGUCAUCAUCACCGACUCUUCUGACCCAGAGGGACCAGCUGAGAGCUUGUUCCAGAAGCCAUAUUUUGAGCUGCUCUUCGGUGCUCUCAAGGAAGGAGGUGUCAUUACCACACAAGGUUCUGAGAACCAAUGGCUCCACCUUCCCAUGAUCACCAAGCUUAAGAAAGACUGCAAGGAGGUCUUCCCCAACGUUGAGUACGCUUACACCACCAUCCCCACCUACCCAUCUGGCCAGAUCGGCUUCAUGGUCUGCUGCAAGGAUGCCGACCGUGACCUCAAGACCCCAGUUCGCACCUGGUCCGCCGAGGAGGAGGAAAAGCUCUGCAGAUACUACAGCGCCGAUAUCCACAAGGCCAGCUUCGUUCUCCCAAACUUCGCACGCAUCGCUUUGAGAUAA